AAGUCACGCGCUGGCGGUACCCUCAGGUCUGCACCCACAACUGUUGCAGCGCUGUGGAGGGUACCGCUGUUUUGGAAGCUUGGAAGGCCUGGGGUGAGGCUCCCUAGGAGAGGGCGGGGCCGGAGGCUCGGCUCUGUACGGCGGAGGAGUUCUGCCCUUUUCCAAAAGGAUCCCAGAGGAAGACUGAUCUUUUUCUGCAAAUACCAAAGCCAUGGCUCAGGAAUCAGUGAUGUUCAGUGAUGUGUCCAUAGACUUCUCUCAGGAGGAGUGGGAAUGCCUGAAUGAUGAUCAGAAAGAUUUAUACAGAGAUGUGAUGUUGGAGAAUUACAGCCACCUGGUUUCAAUGGCAGGACAUUCUGUUUCUAAACCAGAUGUGAUCUCCUUUUUGGAGCAGGGGAAGGAGCCCUGGUUGGUUGACAGAGAACUAACAAGAGACCAGUGGCCAGUCCUGGAAUCAAGAUGUGAGACCAAGAAAUUAUUUCUGAAGAAGGAGAUUUAUGAAAUAGAGUCAGCGCAGUGGGAGUUAAUGGAAAGACUUACAAGACAUGACCUUCAGUGCUCUAGUUUCAGAGAUGAUUGGGAAUGUAAUGGCCAGUUUGAGAAACAACAUGGUUCUCAGGAGCGACACUUUGGUCAACUGAUAUUCACCCAUGAAGGCAUGCCUACAUUCAGUCAGCAUCCAUCCUUUACAUUACAGCAAAUCAUCAAAAAUAAAGAGAAAUACUGUGGAACUAAGGAAUAUAGGAAAGCCUUUAGACAUGACUCACAGCUUACUACACAUCAAAUAAUUCAUACCAUUGAGAAGCCCUAUGAAUGUAAGGAAUGUGGAAAAGCCUUUAGACAUCCCUCAAGACUCAGUCAUCAUCAGAAAAUUCAUACUGGCAAGAAACCCUUUGAAUGUAAGGAAUGUGGGAAAACAUUUAUUUGUGGUUCAGACCUUACUCGACAUCACAGAAUUCACACUGGUGAGAAACCCUACGAAUGUAAGGAAUGUGGAAAGGCCUUUAGUAGUGGCUCAAACUUCACUCGACAUCAGAGAAUUCACACUGGUGAAAAGCCCUAUGAAUGUAAAGAAUGUGGGAAGGCCUUUAGUAGUGGCUCAAACUUUACUCAACAUCAAAGAAUUCAUACAGGGGAGAAACCCUAUGAAUGUAAGGAAUGUGGCAAUGCCUUUAGUCAGAGCUCCCAACUUAUCAAACAUCAGAGAAUUCAUACAGGUGAGAAACCCUAUGAAUGUAAGGAAUGUGAAAAGGCUUUUCGUUCUGGUUCAGAUCUUACUAGACAUCAGAGAAUUCAUACUGGUGAGAAGCCCUAUGAGUGUAAGAUAUGUGGGAAAGCGUAUUCUCAGAGUUCACAACUUAUUAGUCAUCAUAGAAUUCAUACUGGUGAGAAACCCUAUGAAUAUAGAGAAUGUGGGAAGACAUUUAAUUAUGGCUCACAACUUAUUCAGCAUCAAAAUUUAAUUCAUUUUGUGGAGAAACCCUAUGAAUGCAAAGAAUGUGGAAAGGCCUUUAGAGUACGCCAACAGCUUACUUUUCAUCACAGAAUUCAUACUGGUGAAAAACCCUAUGAAUGUAAGGAGUGUGGAAUGGCCUUUAGACAGACUGCACACCUUACUCGACAUCAGAGACUUCAUUCUGGUGAAAAACUCUAUGAAUGUAAAGAAUGUGGAGAAUCUUUUAUAUGUGGCCCAGACCUUAGAGUACAUCAGAAAAUUCAUAUUGGCGAAAAGCCCUAUGAAUGUAAAGAAUGCGGGAAAGCCUUCAGAGUGCGAGGACAACUUACUCUCCAUCAGAGGAUUCAUACUGGUGAGAAACCCUAUGUAUGCACAGAAUGUGGAAAAGCCUUUAGACAGUAUGCACAUCUCACUCGACAUCAGAAGCUUAAUAUUGCUGACAAACUCUACGAAUGUAAAGAAUGUGGGAAGGCCUUUUUGUGUGGCUCUGGCCUUAGAGUACAUCACAAACUUCAUACUGGUGAGAAACCCUAUGAAUGUAAGGAAUGUGGGAAAGCUUUCAGAGUGAGACAGCAACUAACACUGCACCAGAGAAUUCAUACUGGUGAGAAACCCUAUGAAUGUAAGGAAUGUGGAAAGACCUUCAGUCGUGGUUAUCAUCUUAUUCUUCAUCACAGAAUUCAUACUGGUGAGAAACCUUAUGAAUGUAAGGAAUGUUGGAAGGCCUUUAGUCGUUACUCACAACUUAUUUCACACCAAAGUAUCCAUAUUGGUGUUAAACCUUAUGACUGCAAGGAAUGUGGGAAGGCUUUUAGAUUGCUCUCACAACUUACACAACAUCAGAGUAUUCAUAUUGGUGAGAAACCCUAUAAAUGUAAGGAAUGUGGGAAGGCCUUUAGAUUGCGCCAAAAACUUACUUUACAUCAGAGCAUUCAUACUGGUGAAAAACCCUUUGAAUGUAAGGAAUGUAGGAAGGCCUUUAGACUUAAUUCAUCCCUUAUUCAGCAUCUGAGAAUUCAUUCUGGUGAGAAACCUUAUGAAUGUAAGGAAUGUAAGAAGGCCUUUAGACAACAUUCACACCUUACCCAUCAUCUAAAAAUUCAUAAUGUAAAAAUAUAAGAUAGUUUUUCAAUCCUGUAUUAUAGAAUUCUCUAUGAAUAUAGUAAUUAAUCCUUUUUGCUUCCUUCAUACAGGCAAUUGACUUAAGAGGUUUUAUAUCAUUAAAAGAAUAUGUUAAUUUAAUGUAUUCCACCAUCACUUAAACCUGAUAAACUUUACACUUACUCUAAAAACUAAUCCUAAUCAGUGUGACAAAUGUGGGAGACACUUAUCUCUGUCCCAUCACUUUCCUACUUGUAUUAUAUUGACAAGAUGCUUAACUGCUCUGUGCUAUAAUUUUUUCAUUUGUAAAAUGGUAAUACAAUACUGUGGCAGAAUAAAAAUUGUUGCAAAUUGUUUCACAUUCCCCCUUUCCCCCCAUCAAAAUCUGGAAUCCACAUCCGUUCUCCUUGAGGAUGGGCAGACCAAGACUACUUUGACUAGUAGAAGUACUGCUGUGCCAGUUUCCAGGCUUUACUGGUAGAUUUUACUUCAUCUCUUGGAGUGCUCCUUUAAGCUUAGGCUCUGAAUUCUGUUAAAAAGUCUGUCUGCUCUGCUGAGGAGACCACAUAGAGAAGCCCUAAGACCACAAAGAAAGGAAGAGGCACCCUUCUGAGCCCAGUCUUCCACACAUGCCUACCAAGACGCCAGACAUUUAAGUGAAAUAGUGUUGGAUCCUCCAGACCACCCAGCAGCUGAGUACCCACUGAGUGACUUCAGUUGAUACCAUAUAAAACAGAAGAAUCUAUCAACUGAGUCCCUGCCCAAAUUCCUGACCCACAAGAUCAUGAGAUAUAAUAAAAUGAUUGUUGUUUUAAGCCA